AGCUGAAACAACAUACAGUACUUCUAUGCAACAACAUGUACAACAAAUAAAAUUAACAUGAUUAAUUUUAUAGAAAUUGAUAAAAUUAAUUUUAUGUAGAGAUUUUGAAAGUCAUUUAUAAAUAUCUUUCAUGCCGUACUGGGGCCCACCAAUUCGUGUCCCGGAGUUGCCCACAGUCACACACUUUACGUUCCACAUAAAAUGAUUUUGUGUUGAAGAUGUUGCUGCCGGGUAUGUGAACGCCUCAGUGGCCACGAUGCCGUGCCAACACGACGCUGCCGUCGCGGAAAGACCCUGUCUGUCGUCGCGGGUGUAGCGAUCACUGCACAAGCCAUAGAGGCUCGCUGUUCCAUGUCGGUCCAGCGGUUGUGGCCGUGGUUGACGGUGAUGGGUCUCGUCGUCUCCCGGCUGUGUCGGGCCCAGAUGACCGAUUACCCGGGGCCCUACCCGACCGUCAAGGGAUCUACGAUUACGAAGCCGUCGGGAGUUUGGGGCUGGUACGCAGGAUUACACGAUCCGUCCGUAAAAGGCGUACCGUGCUACCGGUGCAACACGACCGAUGGUAUACACAGAUCACCGGAGAUGUCGGACAACUGCCGGAAAACCCAGACCGGCAACGACGGCACACAGCCGCCGAAUAUCUGCUUCGUGGAUCAGGUCUGCAGUCUGACGUUCGGGUAUUUCAGUUUCGAUGCGGUGCCGGGUCAUCCGGGCUUCUGGCGUUCGUGCCUGCACGGAUCCUACUGCCGGCAGGCCGUGGCCAAUCAUCCCUUUACGGCCACGGAGCCGCUGAUUUGUACGGUGGGGGUGACGGACUCCAAGACCGGAGCGAUCCGGACGCAUACAUGCUUCUGCCAGGGCAAGAACUGCAACUGGUACCCGGAGGAAUCCGUCUGGAUCGCCGUCAAUAAUAGCAAAGUGGACAAAUCUAAGCGCAAGCCCAUACCCAAUAUCGACGGAAGCCUACCCAGUCCCAACGCGGUUAUCGCGACCACCAGCGGGGGACCGUGUGAUCUGACGGCGGCGUCGGGAGCGGGCGACGCGUCCGGUGGCGGGAGUGGCGCAGCGGGGGGCGACGACAGCGGUGGCGAUGGAACCGGGGGAAGUGACGGGCUGAAGGGUGGCGAUGGUAAGGGAGGUGUCGGUACGCUGACCGGAUCCAACGGGACGUCGGGCAAUGGAACGGAUGCGGAUGCGGCAGCGCAAGGUGGGGGAAUAUCCGUGGGUCUGAUUGCCGGGAUUAUUGGCGGCGUGCCGUGGCUUUGAUCGGUGGCGGCGGAUACUGGUGGUAUCAGUCGCGGAAUGCCAAGAAAAAGAAGAAACCGGAAGAUGAAGAGGGGGAAGAAAGCGAGGAACUGUAGGUUGCAUCAAGGAAAACGACUCGUCAAUAUCCUUGUGGAGCAAAUGCCGGCGCUGGCCGAAUUAGCAGCACUUCGUUCGUUAUCUCAUCCUUUUUAAGCGGUAUCCUUACACAGGGAACGCUGUGCUUUAGAUAACUGGAUUACCGGGGAAUUCCGCGGAAAUUUUACUUGUGUCGUUAAUGUUUACCAUGGUGAGCAGGUUAUUGGUCAUUAGUCUUGUACGACUGUCUGUAGUUACGGUAGCAAAACCAUUGUGUUAAUCUGUAACUACGAGCUGUACAAGGCACCCUUUAGUGAGAAAACGCAUGUUACGAAACGUCAACUGUAAGGAAAUACAGCAGUUUUAGCUGACGCGCUGGAGAAAAGGAAGCUAUUUAAAUAUCGAAAAUAUAUAUUUCGAACUAGGGACUGCAGAAUAUCCAGCUCAAGGUGCUCAAAUAAUCUUGAUUUCGCUGAAUUAACAAUAAACUGAGC